AUGAGGCACGAAGAACGAGGAAGGGCCAGGGUGGGACACGAUGGCCCAGUCACCCCACCCCCUCCUCGGGCUCACACAGGCCAGUCCAGCUGCACCCAGCAUCCCGGUCAAAUGUUGGACGUGUACUGUCGAAACUGUGAGGAGGUUGUGUGCCGUGACUGCAUUUUAUUUGGUAAGCAUUCCAGCCACCCUUACGACAAGCUGGAAGUGGCUGCAGACGAUCACCGCGACAUGGUUAGACAGAAACUGAAUGCACUUCUGAAAAAGCACCCAUUGGUACAAAAGUGUGCAGCUGAUGCCAAGAUGACCCGCUGCAAUGCGGAAGAGAGCUGUGAGGUUGUGUGUGACAAAAUUGCAGAGUCGUAUGAUAGGGUUCUGAGCAUGGUCGAACAAAAGAAAAAGCGCAAUAUCCAACAGUUCCGUGAUGCCGCAAAUGCAAAAGUGAUGGAACUUGAUGAAAACGAAGCAAGCCUCACUGCGAUUUCAUCUGAAAUGAGUGCAGUUAAGAGCAUGGUUGAACGCGGGCUACAGAAUUUGGGGGUACGCAGAGUUCAUCGCUAG